GAAAUGUCAUUUUAUAAUACGACACUGAACUGAACUGAAGGUCUGAAAAAAAUCCGAUUUUUUUGGCAAAAAAUAUUAAUUAAGUAGUUUAUUUUGUAUUUGUGGUUAAGAUGAAGGCUUUGGUAGUGAUUCUGAUAAUCAUGCUGUGUUGGGCCGCGGAAGGGUCUGAUAGAAGUGAGCGAUCGAAUGAAGUGGAACCUCGAGGGAAGGCGAAAUACGCUUUAAUUAUACACUUCUUCUACGUGGUAGCAACGAAGCUGAUCGUUCUUAAAAUAGUCUACGGAGCCCUAUUCUUCGUCCUACUGUCAAAAGGAUGGCACUUCCUUCUUUGGUUCAUACACUACCUAAAGAAACAGAAACAUGAGCAUUACGAGUACAUCGAAGACCAUCAUGAAUACAUCGUAGACCCUCAUUUCGAGCACAGUUAUGGCCAUCAUGGCCAUCCAUAUGGCCAUCAUGACCAUCCAUAUGGUCAUUUUGACCAUGAUGACUCCAGUUAUGGUAGUUCGGAUUAUCAACCUUAUGGCUACGAUAAAAAAAGCGAUUAUAAAAGAACGAGGAUAUAUGAUGCGGAUGGAUCAUAUGCUGUUAAAGGACAAUAAAUAAAUAAAUAUAGCUAGCUAAUCUACAUUUACACUAAUUAAUAAAAUUGGAGUGUCUGUUUGUAAUUUGGAAAUAACCACUUUUUACUACAUGCAUUUUGUCUGUCUGUUUGUUCUGGCUAAUCUCUGAAAUGGCUAGACCGAUUAUGAUGGGACUAUUUUUGGUAGAUAAGUGAAAAUCCCGUCAAAAAUUCUGUCAGAAGUCAUUAAUUCUACGCAGACGUAGCCGCGGGCAACAGCUAGUGUCGGGUAAAGUGGUAGAAUCAUAGAUAGAUUGUUUUUUUCUAAGAGUUUGGAAAUUACUUUUAAUUUACAACUUAAUUUAUUUAUUUAUUUGUAAAUAGUAAAGUUUAAGUCAAAAUUAGUGAUAAGGGUAGUUCUUCAGAGACAAAAUUUUCGAUGUCUUUGGGAAUAUUUUUGAAACCAACUAACAAAACGGCAUGUAAUAUUUUUUUUAGUAUAGUUUAGCUAUAUCAGUUACUAGGACAAACAAUAUUUUUUAAAUAAUUGCAGUCUAGGUACAAAAUAUUUUUUUUAAAGCUUGUUCUUCUGAUUCAUAUGGUGUGUCCGUUUGCCAUUUUCCGGAACAAAGUAGUCGAUUUCGCAUUUUCCCUUUGAUACUUCAAUAUAAAUUAUAAUUACAUCGAAAGGAGAUGAGUUGUCCUCUUCAAAAAAAAUAUGCAGUCGUUAUAACUAUGUUAGUAUGAUUAUAAAUAAAUAAAUAAGAAGUGUCCGGCGUAUAAUACUGAUUAAUAUGGCGUAAGCUACGAAUGACCAUACUUUGUCGGAUAUUAAUAAUGAGAGUCUGGCUUCCUGUGCGGAGGGAAACCAGGCGUACAACGGACAAGCUAGGAGGCGGACAUGCGGCUGGUUGGCUUAGAUCCAGGUGUUACUAAGGUAAAUAUCUGAUUCAUCUGUGUUUGGUUUACAUGGCAUCCUGAUUACAAUGCCUAUUUUAUAAAAUUUACUUUACAGUUUUAAAACUUCAACCUAUGUUUCGUGUGAAGCUUUUUGGUUAUACAUUCGUGUAGAAAAAUGAUAAGAAUGAAGUCUGUAUAUACGAUGAGUUAUGCAUGAUUGUAAGCAAAAUCCUGAUUCAUCUGUGCCUGAUUCGUAUGGUCAAAACCGCAUAUGAAUUAUAAAAUAAUGCUCUUGUUGCGUUGUACAUUUUUUUACUAGUCUUAUUUUUAAAUUAACUUAGCUAUAAAUGUUAUAGCUACAAUUUAAAAACUUUUUUUUGAGGAAUGUAAUUAAUAUGAGUCUGAAAUUGCUAAUCCGCCCUGAGCAAGCGUGAUGAUGAAUACUCGUGACUUCUCUGUGCGAAAGUACUCGAAAAUGGUAUGCUAACAAUUAAAAUAAAUACAGAGCUCAUUUACAUACAAUUUUCAAUUGUUCAACAGAUUCAUCUGUAACAAUUUCUGAUUCAUCUGGGCAGAAAAUAUUCAAACGUCGAUAUCACGAAAACUAUUUUUUUAAAACGAGUCCCUCAUUCGAAUAUACGUUAUUUGGUAUAACUAUUUUCAUAUGAACACGUGUUACAGAUCUUAAAGUGGAAUUAAAUUUUGGCCAUAUGAAUCAGUCGAAUAAUCAAAUUUCGAAGAACUACCCAUAAGUUUUUAAGUCAAGUUUUAAUUUUAGUGCCAUUAUGUGACAUGUAAAUAGCGUCUUAGUUUUAAGUUAUUUAUUUAAAUAUA